UUACAGGCACCUCCCCAAUCCCGUCAUUCUCUUCUACAACCAAGCGAAGCCGCGGAGAUGGCGGGUGGCAGGUCGCCGUCCGUUGUGAACCGUGGUUUCCUUCUUCAACGAAUUAAGUCUUGCCGCCACAAGUGUCCCACCGUCGACGACAUCGUCGACCAUCUCCAGUCCACUUACAGGGACUACCGAGGACUCAAGAAGUCACCUUUCACUUCAAUCGUCCAACAAACCCUCGAUUCGCAGCUCAAAAAGAAUCCUAAAUCCACUCCUUCUACUUCUACGCCCAGCAAAAUCAAACGCCAAUUUCAAGAUUCUGAAGACGAAGAUGCCGAUUGCAGUACCAUCGAAAAGAAGCGGUACAAGAGAGUUGACCUCGGCGAACAGAGGUUGCAGAAUGAAUCGCCUUCGUCUUCGACUUCUUCUGAUUCUGGUAACAGUGGCGAUGGAGCGGUGGCGACGUCGGAGGAUGCUAUAUAUGGGGAAAAAGUAGAGCCGGCGUUCGAUUUGAUGAAGUCGAUGCUCCAAACAUCUUAUGCGGAGUCGAAUAAGUCGAAGAAUGAGCAUUUGGAGAAGAGUGUUGAGUUGGAAGUUGCCAUAGAGAAUAAGAUUGCUGAAAAAAUUGGUGUGGAGAAUGAAGGGAAUGCAAGCAAGGGGAUAUUGAGAAAGGAGGGGCAGGGUUCUCAUGGUGGGGCAGAAACGGAAACAGGGGAAGGGAAGGAGGAAGGGCCUAGGUUUAAGGAUUUGGGAGGGAUGAAGAGUGUGCUAGAGGAAUUGAAGAUGGAGGUGAUUGUUCCGCUCUACCAUCCGCAGCUGCCGAUGUGGUUGGGCGUUCGGCCGAUGGCCGGAAUUUUACUUCAUGGCCCCCCUGGUUGUGGUAAGACUAAAUUGGCUCAUGCCAUAGCCAAUGAAACUGGUGUGCCUUUCUAUAAGAUUUCGGCUCCCGAGAUUGUUUCGGGCGUAUCAGGUGCGUCUGAAGAAAAUAUUAGAGAGCUAUUUUCGAAAGCCUAUAGAACAGCACCAUCAAUUGUUUUUAUUGAUGAAAUUGAUGCAAUUGCAUCAAAGAGAGAAAAUCUACAAAGGGAGAUGGAGAGAAGGAUUGUAACACAAUUAAUGACUUGCAUGGAUGGGUUCCACAAGCUUGUAGAUUCUACUGAUGCAAGUUCAAAGAAAGAUAGUUCCAAUGAUAGACCAGGUUAUGUUCUUGUAAUUGGUGCAACCAAUAGGCCAGAUGCAGUUGAUCCUGCAUUAAGGAGGCCUGGUCGUUUUGAUCGUGAGAUCGUAUUAGGUGUUCCCGAUGAAAAUGCGAGGGCUGAAAUCCUCUCUGUUCUAACCAGCACCUUGAGACUCGAAGGUUCUUUCGAUCUUCUGAAAAUAGCUAGGGCAACUCCAGGUUUCGUUGGUGCUGAUUUGACAGCAUUGGCCAAUAAGGCUGGUAAUCUUGCCAUGAAGAGAAUAAUUGAUCAAAGAAAAUUUGAGUUGUCUACUGAUUUUGUUGAUAAGGAACAUAUAGAAGAUUGGUGGAAGCAACCUUGGUUGCCUGAAGAGAUGGGAAAAUUGGCUAUAACUAUGACCGACUUUGAGGAAGCAAUUCAAAUGAUACAACCUUCACUGAGAAGAGAAGGGUUUUCUGCAAUUCCCAGUGUGAAGUGGGAAGAUGUUGGAGGCUUAGAACAACUAAGAGCAGAGUUCGAUCGCUAUGUAGUUAGGCGUAUAAAAUAUCCAGAUGAUUAUGAGGGCUUUGGUGUGGAUCUAGAGACUGGAUUUUUGUUAUAUGGUCCUCCAGGCUGUGGUAAAACACUAAUUGCUAAAGCUGUUGCAAAUGAGGCUGGAGCCAAUUUCAUUCACAUUAAGGGGCCUGAGUUACUAAACAAAUAUGUUGGAGAAAGUGAACUUGCAGUUCGGACACUAUUUAGUCGGGCAAGGACGUGCUCGCCCUGCAUUCUUUUCUUUGAUGAAGUGGAUGCUUUAACAACAAAACGUGGUAAAGAAGGAGGAUGGGUCGUGGAACGAUUAUUGAACCAGUUACUCAUAGAGUUGGAUGGAGCGGAACAACGACGAGGCGUCUUUGUUAUUGGUGCUACAAAUAGACCUGAAGUCAUGGAUCCUGCUGUACUACGACCAGGUAGAUUUGGCAAACUUCUUUAUGUUCCUCUUCCUGGUCCAACUGAGCGAGGGUUAGUCUUAAAAGCUCUUGGAAGGAAGAAGCCUAUUGAUAUCAGUGUAGAUCUACUAGCGGUGGGACAAAUGGAGGCUUGUGAAAAUUUCAGUGGGGCUGAUCUUUCUGCAUUGAUGAACGAAGCUGCAAUGGCUGCCUUGGAAGAAAAAUUGACAUCAGUCAGGAAUAAUAUGGAAUCAGCAUCAUGUACCAUCAAGAUGACCCAUUUUGAGAGUGGGCUAACUAAGAUUUCUCCUUCUGUGUCAGAAAAGCAAAAACACUUUUACGAGAUUUUGUCGAAGAGCUUAAAACCCGCUUAAUGGAUACGAGAUAAGUCAAUUCUCAACAGUAUACAAAAUCAUAACAGGUACAGUUGCUUGCUGGCAAGUUUCUAUCCCUGAAGAGUUCUAAAUUUCCAGUUUAUUUAGGACUGAAUGUCCCAAAAUUUUGUUUAAUACCAUUGAAAUUUUGAGCAGAGACGUAGUUGAGGUUAUAAUGAUGAUUUAUGUAUGUUCUUACAAGGAAAAAAAGGACACUUUUUGUUGUAGGAAUUUGAAAAUGAAUGGAAAUGUUCCUUGAAGUUGUAUUUUCGUUAGUUAAAUUUGACACAGCUGAUUGAGGAAA